GCCAGGCCUGGGGCGCGGGGGGAGCCCACACUCCCCUGCCCCUCCUGCCCGCAGCCACUGCAGUGGCGCUUCCCACCAUGGGGGUUCUCCAUGGGAAUGAGCUAUGGGGCACCCUGAACACACCCCUGGGGCUCUGGGCAGUGCCUUGUGGUUGGUCCCCAAUGACCCAUAGCCCUGCAUGGCACACAGCACCACUGGGUGUGUGCGCUCUAUUGGCAUUCCCAACAGUGAGAGGUUUCCUAAUAGCACCUGGAAGAGAAAACCCAUCCAACCCUCCUCCCCCCACCCUGUGGGAAUGGCCCCCAGCAUGUGAGGGAGGAGGGUGCCAAGAGUGUGUGUGGCAGGAACCACUGACCUUCGAGGACAUCGCUGUCUACAUGAGCCGCACGGAGUGGGACGCCAUCACCGCAGGGCAGAGGGAGCUCUACUGCAGUGUCAUGAUGGACAACUACGGGCUCCUGACAUCCCUGGGUUACACAGGCCCCAAACCUGACAUUUUAUACCGGAUGGAGCGUGGGGAAGAGCCAUGGGUCUGCUCGCCACAGAGCCCACCGAGGUGGAAGGGCCCUGACUGCCUCUCUCCAGGAUGUGCUGAGGCCAUGAGGUUGCUGAAGGCGCCUCCAUGGGGCUGGUGGCCUGGGGCUGAUGCGCCAGAGGAGAGGGCACAGUCCCCCUGCCAAGCAUGGCCCAUUUCUCCAGAGCCCCAGCCAGACAGAAGGCAGACUCCCACCAGCACAUGCUCAGAUGGAGGACAGAGCCUGCAGUGUAAUCUCCAGCCUGGAACACUCCUGAACAAGCUAAGAUGUCUCAUGGAUCACAGCAAUGUGGAGGUGGCCAACAGAGAAGUGGCACCAGCGCGAAGUGAAAACUAUGCACAGACUGUUGUCUGGCCCAAGCAGGAGGAAACAGCAGAGAAUAAACACGGGGUGACAGCAAACCUAGCACAAGGCAGAGAACUCACACUUAAUUCCUGGAUGGAACAGCAGAACCACGAGUCAUAUCCUCAGGAACACCUUUACGUUGACCCAAAGGAGGAAUAUCAGAGGAGCACCUCCGAAAGCUUCUGCCCCUCGGGAGAAGCUCCAUUCCUCCUGGGACCCAGGGAACUGUGUGCCAAGGAUGUGAAGGAGGCUAUUUGGAAGGACCACUGCUACUGUAGGGUGAGCAUGAUACAGAUCUGGCACCGUGGCUCCUGGCCCUGUCCUCCCACAGACCACAGCUACUGCCAGCUGCAGGUGCCAGGCAUAACUGUGCUCAAGGACCAUGCAUACUGCCUCCCGCAGAGGAGUUGUUUCAGGGCCAGGGUUGGUAACAUGGCUCGUCUGGGUGGCAAAGCUUGGGUCGUGCUGCGCAGGCUGGCCGCACAGAGAGCCCAGAUCAGGCGGAUCAUCAGAAAAGCCAAGCAGAUUAUGUGGCGCUGCAAUUCCCAAAUCAGCAGGAGGCUGCGGGUUCCUCGGCGUGCCUCCAGCACUGGCAGUACUGUGCCUGCUGUUGCUGACGGAAAGGUGGAGUCAGUCCCCCUGGUGGCAAGGUGUGAAUCACUUGGUUCUCCUGCAGAGUGUGAGGACAUGCUGCCCCUCUCUGAGAGCAGAAUCAGCUCCCAAGAAGCUCUUUGCACCCCUGUGGCAUCUCCUGCACCCCUGCCUGUGCCCCCACCCUCAGAGGCAGCUGCGGUGGUGAGUAGCGAAGUGCUGCACCCUGAGGUGUCUGCACAUAGCACAGAGGAGCCCAUCUGCAGCUCUGAUGUUAACCAGAGCACCAAAGAACAGGACCCUGCUCACUCAAAGCGGAUACUGAUCCAAGCUACCUACAAAACAUGGACGCUGACGGUGGACAACACACAUGGAUCCGUGUGCUACAAAAUGCAGCUCAACAGCUAUAGCUGGCAUGUGCCUACCUGGCCUUCAGUUAUCCGCAUAGACAGCUGACAGCACCUUCUUCCCUGCAGCCAAACUGCUCCACAAGUGGUGUGGGAAAGGAAAUACGAUGAGACACAUGCAGAGGAGGGAUCCCUGGGAGAAGAAUUGUGCAGUGCUUGUGGCAGAAACGGGUUGUCCAAAGGAAAAGGCCCAGGGAAGGAUGAAUGGGACAGAGAGAAUGGAGACAGCACGGGUGGGCCAGCUGCAGGGGCAGGAGGUCUUCUGACAGCUUCAAUCUUCCCUGUCUUCCCAUUAAAGUAUUUGGAGUUAU